GCAUGAGAUUGUUGGUGUUGUGACUUCUGUUGGGAAAAAUGUGAAGAAAUUCAAAGCGGGCGAUCAAGUCGGGGUUGGUGUCAUAGUUGGAUCUUGCAGGAGCUGUGAAAGUUGUGAGCAGGAAUUGGAGAAUUACUGCCCCAAGAUGAUAUAUACUUACAACUCACAUUCAUUUGAUGGAGCAAAGACUUAUGGUGGCUAUUCUGAUAAGAUCGUUGUUGAUCAACAUUUUGUUCUCCGAUUUCCUGACAACUUACCCCUUGACGCUGGGGCUCCGCUUCUAUGCGCUGGAAUCACAAUUUAUAGCCCAAUGAAAUACUAUGGAAUGACUGAAUCUGGUAAGCAUUUGGGCGUGGUUGGACUCGGCGGGCUCGGUCACGUGGCUGUUAAGUUAGGUAAGGCAUUUGGGUUGAAAGUAACGGUCAUCAGCACAUCUCCAAGAAAGAAGGAGGAAGCAAUAGACAGACUUGGUGCUGAUUCCUUCCUUGUUUCAAGUGAUGCUGAACAGAUGAAGGCCGCCAUGGGAACUAUUGAUUACAUAAUCGACACGGUAUCUGCAGUUCAUGCCCUUGCUCCAUUGCUUGGUCUGCUAAAGCUCAAUGGAAAAUUGGUCACUGUGGGUUUGCCUAACAAGCCGCUGGAGCUGCCGAUCCCUUCUCUAGUUCUCGGUAGGAGGAUGGUUGGUGGAAGCAACUUUGGAGGUCCGAAAGAGACACAAGAGAUGCUGGAUUUCUGUGCGAAGCACAAUAUUACAGCAGAUAUUGAGCUGAUUCAGAUGGACGACAUUAACACGGCCAUCGAAAGGCUUGUGAAAUCUGACGUUAAAUAUCGGUUCGUGAUCGACAUUGGAAACUCCUUGAAGAAGUAGAAGGGAAGGGAAGGUUUGACUGCAAGCUAAUAUAAUGCAUAGUGAGCUGAUGAUUCUAGUUAAUAUAUGCACAGAAAACAUAUGGAAAUGUCCUGUUUUAUGUUUUACUGUCAUGUUGGUUCUGUCAUGUUUGAUUAAGAAACUUUCUGAUUAUGCUAAUAAAAUUUUCUAUCGUUCAUCUU